GUUUCUGGCUUUCAAUCGCCACAGAAAGAUUUUAGAUCACCACUCUGCUAUUUCAAGGCAAAAACCAGACUACUAGGGAAUACCUGCCAGAAUGUUCGAACGACGACACUGCGAAGGAUGGCCGUUGCAGCGGGAGUGGCAGCAGAGAAAGGAGCCGUGGAGGUUUCUCAACGCUCUCAACGUAUUGUUGGAUAUUGGUUUCUUGGCUGCACAGGAAUGGUUGGCUGUAUGGUAUCGCUCGGUGGAAUUACUAGGUUGACGGAAUCUGGCCUUUCCAUAACAAAAUGGGACCUAAUCAAAGGCAUGGUACCUCCACUUUCACAAAAGGCCUGGGAAGACGAGUUCAGCGUAUACCAAGAAUUCCCAGAAUACAAAUACAAGAAUUCGGACAUGACGGUAGAAGAGUUCAAGUUCAUCUGGCUCAUGGAGUAUGCACAUCGUAUGUGGGGGAGAGCUAUAGGUUUGGUGUAUGCCCUGCCAGCAAGUUACUUUUGGUACAAAGGUUGGUUCACAAAACAGACAAAACCAAGAGUUCUCAUUCUCGGAGGCCUACUGCUGAUUCAGGGUGUUUAUGGAUGGUACAUGGUGAAGAGUGGGCUUGAGGAUGAUCCAGAAUCGACUACCAUCCCUCGUGUCAGCCACUACCGUCUGGCCACACAUCUCACGCUUGCAUUCCUUUUCUACACUGGACUGUUGUGGUCGGGACUCACUCACCUUCUCAACUUCCACGAUAUUGUCCAGACCAAGCAGCUGCAGAAGUUCAAGCGGCUUGCAUUCAGUACCAAGGGUCUGGUUUUUCUGACGGCCAUUUCAGGUGCCUUUGUGGCCGGGUUGGAUGCGGGACUGGUGUACAACUCGUAUCCAAAAUUCGCUGAUCGCUGGAUCCCCACUGACCUCAUGGCAUUGGAACCAAAGUGGAAGAACUGGUUCGAUAACCCCACUGCCGUCCAGUUUCUCCACAGACUGCUGGGCGAGGUGUCGUUUUGUACGAUAGCAUACAUGUGGUAUGCAAAUCGCAAGAUGCCCAUGCCGCCUCGCACUCGCAUGGCACUUAACUCUUUGGUCAUCAUCAUCUGCACACAGGUUGGCCUAGGCAUCACAGCCCUGCUCAUGUAUGUACCGACAUGGUGUGGUGCCUUGCAUCAGAUUGGAGCGCUCACAACUCUCUCUAGUGCUGUCUGGCUCACACACGAACUGCGCAAAGUUCCCAAGAUAUAAUGCGUAGAAUUUACAUGUGUAAUGUAAUUGUUAGUGCACUCACAUGAGGCCACUAUGUACUACAGGCAAGCAGGCUGCUUGGUGUCUUUGCAUAAGUGAAGAAUUUGCAGAAGAGAAGGAUGAGAAGAGGGAGGAAAUAUCUAAAGUAUGAACAUUAUAUCUGUCACGCUUUCAAACGGUGGAAACCUGCUACAGUGAAUGUGACGCUUACUCGGGAUAAGACGGGUAGAGACAGAUAUACGCUAUCAGCUGUGAACCUCCCAGUGUUUACCCUGUUCUUUCAUACUUACUGGGUAAAUAAAAUAUUUGCGUACGUAGAUCGGUUGCAGUGUUAACUGUCAUCUCUACUGGGCCUAUCACUACUGGAUAGCAUCAGAAGUAGAUAAUAGGGAAGGAGCGUGACUUCAAUAAACAAGGGAAAUUCGUCAUUUACUAGACUUAGAAU